CAAUUAAGGCAUUUAGUGACUGGUUAUAUCGCAUAGCAGAAGCAGCUUCAACUGUGGUUUCACCUAUGGCACACAAGACAAGCUCUGUCAAUACGCAUAACAGCUAUGUCACAGAAAAGGUUUACAUCAAAGCACAAUUCGAUCAUGCAUCGUCAACAUAGGAACGCAAGAAUAAAUGCAUAUCAUGCGGCGAAGACAAUCAUGUGGUACUUUAAUGCGACAAAUUUUUAAGCAGAUCGGUGGAGCAAAGGUUGAAGGUUGUAAAAAAUGGCAACGCCUGCUAUAGAUGCAUUAAGAAUCAUCACAAAGGCUGUUUCUCGCGAAAGGAAUGUGGCACCGAUGGUUGUACCAAGAAACACCAUCCUUUACUGCACCCAGAAAGUGUAAAUCGAGAAACAAACAAAUCGGAGAAAAAAGAAAUUGUCAGCACUCACCGAGACGAAGAUACACGCAGCCAGCUUUUCCAUGAAGGCCCCUCAGUGACCCUAAUAGACGAAGCAAUGUUUAGCGAUACACAACGAGUAGAGAGUACAUCCGUGCGGGCUUCUAUACAAGUAUCCGCCGUUAAUUCAAACAAGCUUUACUGGCUUAACAAUGUCCAAACUAUACCAAAUCUUGGACUUCCAAAGCAAACUGUAAACGUAGAUGAGCUGCGUGGUGAAUAUAACCACCUCAAGGAUAUCCCACUACAGUCAUACUACAACAUUCAACCAAUGCUACUAAUUGGGACGAAUAAUUGGAAAAUUGCCGUUCCUCGCAUGACCCGUGAGGGUAAGUGGAAUGAACCCAUUGCAUCGAAAUGUUUCUUGGGCUGGAGCACCCAAGGCUCAACAACCUCACAGCGAUUCGUAUCCAUGCAUCAUUGUGAUUGCAAAUGGCAAGAACUUCACGACGAAGUCAAAGAAAGUUUCAAUCUUGACAAUAUCUUGCCUCGAAAUUUACAAUCAAAGGACGACAAACGACCAAACAUGCCAAAAGAAGAAUGGACAAUAUGAAGUUGG